ACUGCUGCAUUAUGUGCAGGGCAUCGUAAAUAACAACAACAAGCUUAUUUUCUUGACCGGUUCCAGUAUUUGUUUAUUUCUUGCCCCGGUACUUUGGCUGCAAAAAAAAUUAUGUCGUGCAACUAUGCAGACGGCUUGUCUCCAUAUCAUGAUAAAGGGAAGCUAGGUCUGGCAGAGAAAUUCGACAGUAAUGACGAAGUGAAGGAAAAAAUUUUGCAACUUGCAUCUUGGAUCUCAGCUGCAAAACAUGUGGUGGUACAUACUGGAGCUGGCAUCAGCACUUCAGCGGGUAUUCCAGAUUUCAGAGGACCUAAUGGUGUUUGGACUCUAGAGGCUAAAGGUGAAAAACCAAAUAUCAACAUUUCUUUCAAUGAUGCUGUACCAACAAAAACACAUAUGGCUCUUGUAGCUCUCGUCAAAGCUGGUAAGGUCCAUUUUGUUGUCAGUCAAAAUAUUGAUGGCCUCCAUUUGCGUUCAAACUUAAAAAGAGCCAACUUAGCUGAACUCCAUGGUAAUAUGUUCAUAGAGCAAUGCAACCAAUGCAAUAGUCAAUUUAUUCGUAAUUCUGCUACACCUACAGUUGGUCAAAAAUGCCUUGGUACCAACUGUCCUAGUACUCGACUUAAUGGAAGGCCAUGCCGAGGACGUUUGCAUGACACUCUUCUAGAUUGGGAACAUAACUUGCCUGAAAAGGACCUUGCUCUCUCUGACUUUCACUCAUGUGUGGCAGAUCUCAGUAUAUGCCUUGGGACAACUUUGCAAAUUGUUCCAAGUGGCAACUUACCUCUUCAUACCAAAAAGCAUGGAGAAUGUGGUCGUGUUGUUAUUUGCAACCUACAGCCAACCAAACAUGACAAAAAAGCAGAUCUAAUUAUUCGCACUUAUGUUGAUGAUGUCAUGGUGGGAGUUUGCAAGCAGCUUGGGAUAUCAAUACCGGAAUAUUCUAUCAGUGAAGAUCCCACAAAGCAAAAUGGACCACCAAAAUCGUGGACUAUUCCCUCUGAGGAGGUGAAACGAAUGAGAAAAGUGUAUGAAGACACUUGCUGUAAAGGAAGCAAAAGGACAAAAGAUGGGAAGAGCAAGGAUCAAGAAACCAAAAGAAGGGGUAAUUUUAAAGCAAACAAAUUAAGGAAAGUGGAAAAAGAUGGUGCAUCAAGCAAAAGUGAAAUUGUUCCAAAAGAAGAGAUUGUCAAUGAUGACAAAGAAAUGAAGUCUGAACAGCAGGAGACCAAAAUAAAAUCUGAGGACCAAAGUGAUGAGGAGGAACAGCUUCCUCAACAAGAAGAUAAUGAUAAAUCGCUGAAACAGAAACUCAAAGUAGAAGAUAUCGAAAAUCUGCUGAAAGAUAAAAUUGACAGUUCAGAGGCUGAUCACAUAAUUGCCAAAAAAAGUUAGUGAUUGGACUGGGUUGGGUUUCUGUCCACAAAACUAGUAUUUUGUGUCCCAUUGAAUGAUCCGUUUUAAUAUCAUUAUGAUGUCAACUUGUUAAUUUCACAAUCAUGUUUUUGUAAUGUGACUUUCUGCAUGUGAAUCUCGUCUGUAAAUAACAUUAUUAUUCAUUACCUACUA